GGCGGCGAAUGUGCUGCUGUGACCCGGGCGCUCGCCCUUCACUGCCAGGGCAGACUUUGCACACAGUCCUGCAGUCACAGAGGGCCACUUGGCUGAUGGCAGCGCUGGGGUUACACAGACUGGGGUCCCCUGUGCUGGGCCGGUGCCAGCCUGUCCUCUGCAGCUCACAGUGCUCCCUGCUCAGUACCCAGGCUGCAGCAGGGCACAGGAGGGGGGCACAGUCCUUCCCUGUCAUACCAGGGGCCAUCCUGCCCAUCUACAGGCAUGUCUAUGAAGCCAACAGCAGGAACAGUGACAGGUGCAGACACAGAUACACGGAAUUACUGGAAAAGGUUAAAUUGGGAGGAGGCGAGAAUGCGAUUCUACGGCAUACCCAGAGGAACAAAAAGCUGCUGGUGCGGGAGCGGCUGAGGAGGCUCCUGGGUGAUGAGACCUUCCUGGAACUAUCGCCAUUUGCAGGGCUUGGUCUGCCGUACGGUGACGUCCCCUCUGCCGGGUGCCUUACUGGCAUUGGGAAGAUCUGUGGGAUCUGGUGCAUGUUUAUUGCUAAUGAUGCCACGGUGAAAGGGGGCACCGCUUAUCCCAUAUCCAUCAAGAAGCAGCUGCGAGCUCAGGAGAUUGCCAUACAGAACAGGCUGCCCACAGUGUACUUGGUGGACAGCGGAGGCGCCUUCCUGCCUCUUCAGGCUCAGCUGUUUCCCGACAAGGAGCACGGCGGGCGGACGUUCUAUAACGAAGCCAUAAUGUCAGCCAUGAAAAUACCUCAGGUGGCUGUGGUGUGCGGCUCGUGUACAGCAGGGGGCGCUUACAUCCCAACCAUGGCAGAAGAGACAGUCAUCGUAGACCGGAUUGGAACUAUAUUUUUAGCCGGACCCCCGCUAGUUAAAGCCGCCACAGGUGAAGAUGUCACUGCAGAAGACCUCGGCGGAGCAAAGCUGCACUCCAGAGUCAGCGGCUGUGUCGAUCAUUUUGCAUCCACGGAGUCCGACGCCUACGACUGCGCCCGAAUGAUUAUCUCCACCUUAAACUUUGACCCUGAGCCGGAGGACGGAGCACAGUACGAGGACCCUGCGUAUAACGCUGCGGAGUUAGCCGGACUGGCGCCUCGUGAUUACACUCACACUCUGGACGUUAAACUGAUACUGAGCCGACUGGUGGAUGGCAGUAAGCUGCUGGAAUUCAAAGCCGACUACGGAACUACAUUAGUAACCGGAUUUGCUUCGGUUGAAGGUAAUUUGGUUGGAGUUGUCGCUAGCAAUGGAGACCUGACCCAUGACGCGUCUCUAAAAGGAAGCCAUUUUGUGCAAAUCUGUAACCAGCGCAAUAUUCCUUUGCUGUUUCUUCAGAACACAACUUCUCAGGAUCACUUACCUUCAAGUGUAUCAAAGGCAGAACUGCUUUCAAACAGAUUAAAAGCUCAGGCCUCAAUGAUCGCUGCUGUAGCUUGUGCCACAGUGCCGAAAAUGACGGUGGUGAUUGGUGGCUGCCAUGGAGGAGAGAGCUUUGCCAUGUGCGGGAGAUCAUAUGAACCAAAUUUUUUGUUCCUGUGGCCGAAUGCAAGAAUUGGUCUGGUGGACGCAGCCAGGUUUUCAUGGAGCGAUCAGAAGGAUGAAGGUUGGACGGAUGAGACAGAAUUCAGAGCUCAGCUGAGCCGACUGAAGGAGGAAAGUUCAGCGUUUUACUCAUCGGCCAGGCUCUGGGAUGAUGGCGUGAUCUUACCUCAGGACACCAGACGGGUCGUAGGCAAGUGCUUAAAAAUCAUUCGCCAGCAAAAUUAUGAACGAGUCACUUUCCAUAGAUCUCCGCUGCUGAGGAUGUAACGAGUGCAUUGUAGAAAAAAAAGAUACCUUUAAACAUGUAAAUAUUUUAACAGAAUCUUUAUAAAUUCCAUUGUGCCUUUUUUUUUUUGUAUAAUAAAUUAAAAUAUAACAGGAA